AUGUCUGCUGUCCAGAACCUGCACUCUUUUGGCCCCUUUGCUAGUGCAAGUAUGGGUGAUGGUCUGUUUCCUUCUGACACCCAGGAUUACACCCAUAUAAGAAUUCAACAGAGAACCAGCAGGAAGACUCUUAUUACAGGAAGUCCAAGAAAUCACUGAUGAUUAUAAUUUUUUUAAACAAACCUAGUGAAGGCAUUAAAGAAAUUUGCCUGCAUUGUUACUGUAAUUGAGCAUCCAGAAUAUGGAAAAGUAAUUCAGCUACGGGGUGACCAGUGCAAGAACAUACACCAGUUCCUCAUAGAGACUGGACAGGCCGAGGUUGAUCAGCUGAAGUUUCAUGGUUUUAAGUGGUUUUGGCUCAGUGAAGCUAACUAA